UGUGUAGAUGGAAAGAGUAGGAGGAAGAAGAAGGAGUAACAGUGGAGAAGGAUGAAGAAGAAAUGAUAAAUAAUGGUGGAAUAGGAGAAGCCAAGGUUUAAUAUUUAGUGUGAGGUGGACGUGUCGGAGGCUAUGGGUGGUGAAUUAACGGCUUAGGUUACCCACACCUUGUACCAUGCUGACUGGCCACAGCUAUUCACUGAGGUCGGGCAGGCCUGUAUCUCCAUGUUCUGCUCUAGAAAUAAAGGAGGAAUGGCGUCGGCUGCGCGCAGGAAACCGCUCUGUGUGCUGGGACGGAGAUAACGGCGCAGGUGGGGGCUUGGCGUCAGGGACAGGUGGCGGCCUAGGGUACGGGAAGGCUUGUCUUUGGACUCCGUUUGGAGGUCCGCAGUGCCUUGGCGUCUGUGGUGCAGGGCGCUUUGGUGUCCGGGGUGAGGAGCUCCUUCACCGCAGACCCCCUUGGAGUCUGCGGCGGUGGGACUUUUACCGCUCCAGUCGUGAUUCAGCCUUCUUAUGGGGAAAUGUUUCUGCCUUUUAUCCUAUGAAACAUGGAGGAUCAGAAAAAAAGAACACUAUAAUGGGAUUAUGCAAAAGAUAUCAUAGGAUGAAGCCACAAUCUCCUCCUUUUUUGCUUGCUUGCUUCGUCUUCGUUAAGUGGAAUGGCGAUCACUGCCAAAAUCAGAUGGAGAAAAGUCACUCAUCCUCCGUCACUGGUGGUGUGACUUCCACAAGUGUUCAAGAAGAGGAAGGGAUGGGAGCGAUAGCGGAGCGAGAGCACAUGUGAAUGCACCAGGACCUUGACCAGAUUGAGAGUAGAGCAAGAGCAUAACGAGAGCGAAGCGAGACCUUAGCGAUAGUGGGAAUCAAGCCUUACCCUCAGGAGAAACUCCCUAUAGAAUCACUAACAACAAAUCACUAUCAGUUAUCAGUGGAAAACACCCCGACGACGACGACGACGACGACGACGACGACGACGACCACCUGUGUUUGGCAUUAUUAUUUCCUCCGGGAGUAGAGAAAGUACGUCAGCCAGUGGAGCAUCGCAUCACUUCCAGCUAACAAUGACACACUGAUUUUCUUUACCUCCUCCCUGCUAGUCAUCCCCCCACCAGACAACCAGAGAACACCUCAAAAAAGAACA